ACUUCCCUGUCAAUACUCCGUUCCCCGUUAUUUGUUAUCCCCACACGCACGCACGGCGACGAAGCAGUCAGAACGCAUCAGCAGCGGCAGAGGAAGAUUGGAUUGGAUAGCGCGGGCGAGGGCGAGCCCUCACCUUCACCGCCGAUAGGCCCGAUGAGGAACCCGCCCGGCCGGCACCUCCUGCGCGUCGCCACCCGCGCCGUGCGCUCCUCGUCCGGGCUUGGCGGCUCCGGCGCCGGGGCCUCCACGUCCGCCACGUCCCCCGGCGCCGCCUCGUCCGGGGGCCGCCCGCGUAGCCGAGGCGGCGGCGGCGGCGGCAUGCUCCUGCGGGCCACGUCCCCGCCCCCGCCCUCCGCCGUCGCGGCCGCCGCGUGCUGGGAGUCCCGCACGCUGCGCCGCGACGGGGAGGACGACUGGGAGGAGGUCGUCGUCGCCGCCGCGGGCGACGGCGCGGCCCCGGGCGCCGGCGACGCGGAGGUGGACAGCGACUACAGGGUCGUGUUCUGGUCCCCGCCCACCGGGGACGAAGUCCGCGCCGCCUUCUCUAGCAUCCAGGAGGUGUUUGAGGGUUCUUAUUAUGAUGUGAAUUCAAAUGAAACUGAGAAACAACUAGCAUUGCUGUCCAACUCAGAGCAUUCUUCAUCAACCAAUUCAUCAGGAUCAGACGAUUGGGUCGAACCUGCUGCAUAUGUUCUCAACUCUACUGCUCUUCUGACCAGGGAGCAUAGGAAUGUUUUGGAUGCCUUCCGUCUAUUGCAAAGAGACCCUAAUGUUCAGAAAAUGGUUAUGUCCUUGUCAUGUGAUAGGACUGUCUGGGAUGCUGUAAUGAAUAACGAAGCAGUGCAAGAAUUCAGGAGAUCUUUUCAGGAUGGCAAAGAAGUUAAUAGAAAGGGAAACUCUUGUGGCCCUGCUGCAGUGCUUAAGUGGAUCCUAGCCAACACCCAGGCAAAGAUAACGGAAUUCUUCGAUAAUAUAGCGAAGAUUGUCAGCAUGCUCUUCCACCCUCAAAGCGAUGAAGAUAAGCCCGAUCUGUACAGCGAUGCAGUGAAGGUGUCCUUCAUGCUCUCGGUGUUCGUCUUCAUCGUGGUGGCCGUUGCUCGUACCAAAGGAACUGGAACACUUUCUAGCUAGAAUUGUUCAACGUAUAUGGAAGGUUGUUCUUCUGGUACGUCCAGCAAGUUAUACAACAAGCUUUGCAUCAAUGAUUACUGCCAGCAAAUUUCACCCAUCAGUGCCUGGUGUUCAUGAACUCCAGAAGAAUGGACAAUAUGUAGGGUUCCACCAAGGUUUCUAUGAAAAGGGUCUACUGCUGGAGAUUGGUUUUGCACUUUUGAUACAUAAAAAAUCAGGGCCUAUG